CUGGCAAUUGCCUUUCACAUGUAAAUAGCUAAAUCUUAUCUCUAUCAGCCGCACUCCCAAACAAUUAUGGCAAAGCAUUCAAAAUUAACGGAAUUUAUUUAGCAUAAGCACUUUAAUUACGCAAUAGGAGAUCGUGGAAAUAAAUCCAAUCCCAAAGUGCCCGUCGAUCGUGUGUGUACACACUGGCCCAGAGAUGCAGCUGCUUACGAAAUCGUUACGUUUCCUUCCAGCCGGCACAGGAAGAGUCCUUCAGGCGCUGCUCCUGCGGAAUGGCUACUUCCCCACUCCUAGCAACGCUUCUUACUCCACGUCGGAGCCCGUGGAGAUGAGCUUCGAGAUGUACCAGGGCGAGGAGCCCACACAGCCGCCGUUGAUAACAAUGCAUGGCCUCUUUGGCUCCAAGCAGAACUGGCGCGGUAUCAGCCGAGCGCUGAUGCGUAAGAUUCCCAGAAAGAUCUAUGCCGUGGAUGCCAGGAAUCAUGGCGAUAGUCCGCAUUCCAGUGUCCACACAUCGCAGGCCAUGAGCGAGGAUAUCCGCCUAUUUCUUCAGAAGCACCAGGCUCCGAAGGCCGCCUGUCUGGGUCACAGCAUGGGCGGUCGCGCCAUGAUGUUCUUUGCCCGUAAAUAUCCCGAACUGGUGGAGCGUCUGAUUGUGGUGGACAUAUCGCCCGUAUCGGUGCCACGCGGCACCGAGGAGAUGAAGCACAUAUUCGAAGCCAUGCUCAACCUGAAUCUCUCGCCCAGCCUAACCUUGUCCGAGGGAAGGAAGAUAGCACGGGAGAACCUACUGGAAGCCACGGAUGACGGGACGGUGGACUUUGUGAUGCUGAAUCUGCGCAAGGAUCCACAGACUGGAGCGUUCUUCUGGGCCUGUAAUGCCCCGGUGCUGCGUGACUUCCUCACCCGCUUCGAGGAUUACAGGACAAACAUAGACGAACUGCCUCCGUACACUGGCCCCACCACCUUCAUCUGUGGCUCCCAUUCAUCCUACAUGAGAGAAGAGCACUGGCCAGAGAUUUUGAAGAUGUUCCCUGAGGCGGAUAUCCACUGGCUGGAUGCCGGCCACUUGGUGCACUUUGAGCAACCGCAUGAGUUCCUUUCCAUAGUCACCAAUUUCCUCAAAUAGAAGCUUAAAAAAAUAAGAACUAAAUUUGUUAUGUACCUAAAAAAUUAUGUACAAAUAAAGAGGCAAUAAGAAUGAGGCUUUAAGCUAAAUUAA